CGGAGUGAGCAGAUGAGACGAAAGCUUAGGAAAGACUUACGCUCGCACACUCUCAGCAAGGAUCCUGGUAUCUGUAAACUCCAUGCUGAGACGAGGUUUCUCGCUGUUAUUCGCACUAAAUUUCUCAUAAUUCUCAUCUCUAGAUCCUUCACCCCUAAGUGGAUCCCGUUGUCCGUAGCUUUUCGUCGAACUAACUUGCUUUUGCUUUGCCUGUUGCAGUUGUGAGGAAUUCUGUCUUAAGUGAGCUUUGGAAACACGUCCCGAGGAUGUCUAACUACAGCUUCUCCACACUGUCCAAUCACAGCUCGCUUCAUGGAAACCUGCACAGACCCAUGACAGUGUUCAGUGUCCUGACCUUCACCUUGUUGGCCAUGCUGGUUUUGGCCACAUUCGUGUGGAACAUGCUGGUCCUCGUGACCAUCCUAAGGGUUCGCACUUUCCAUCGUGUUCCUCACAACCUGGUGGCCUCCAUGGCCAUCUCGGACGUCAUGGUGGCUGGACUGGUGAUGCCCCUGAGCCUCGUCCGGGAGCUGUACGAACGCCGGUGGAUCCUCGGGCGAGCUCUCUGUCAAAUGUGGAUCUCCUUCGACGUGCUCUGCUGCACGGCCAGCAUCUGGAACGUUACCGCCAUCGCGCUCGAUCGCUACUGGUCCAUCACACGGCACCUCGAGUACACCCUGAAGCGACGCAAGAGGAUCUCCAACGUGAUGAUCGGACUUACAUGGAUGCUCUCCUCGAUCAUCUCCUUCUCGCCGCAGUUCGGAUGGGGAGAGACAUACUCGGAGGAAAUGAUGGAGUGCCAGGUGAGCCAGGAACCAUCCUACACCGUCUUCUCCACCUUUGGCGCUUUUUAUUUGCCGCUCUGCGUCGUACUGUUCGUCUACUGGAAGAUCUACAAAGCAGCCAAAUUUCGCAUCGGAUCCAAGAAGAACAACAUUGUUACUCCAGCUCCGGAGGCUGUCGAGGCGAAAGAAGCGACUCGGCAGCGUCCUCAGACAACGUUUACGGUCCGUCACGCCACCGUAACGUUCCAGACAGACGGCGAGACAUGGCGGGAGCAGAAGGAGCGUCGUGCUGCACUGAUGGUCGGAAUCCUGAUCGGCGUUUUCGUCCUCUGCUGGAUCCCCUUCUUCCUGACCGAGCUGAUCACGCCGCUCUUCUCGUGGCACGUACCACCCACCUGGAAGAGCGUCUUCCUCUGGCUCGGCUACUCCAACUCGUUCUUUAACCCGCUCAUCUACACGGCCUUUAACAAGAACUACAACAGCGCCUUCAGGAACCUCUUCAACAAGCAGCGCUGAUGAAUGAUCACAAUUUAGCAUCAUGCUAACUCGAAUCAUCACAUGUACAUAAAGGAUUACUUAUAAUAGCUCAUUUACACAACGCAGAGCUACAACAUCGCCUUGAGGAAACUCUUCAGCAGCUAAUGCUAACUAAUGGAAACAAGCAAGCAAGCAAACAAGAAUUAGCAUGCACUGUAGAUGAUCUGUUUUUAUGCUAACUAAAUGUUGAAUUAUCUCACACUUGCCUCAAGCAUUUUCUCUCAGUAAAGCCUAAUAUAGAUUAACAAUUU